GUCACUGGCGCGUCAUUCAAUAUGGGAUGGAACUUGUUUUUGAGAUGGAUAGUAACCUCAGCUCGGCACAUUUCUGUGAACGACGUGCGAGGCACUUCCUGAAGUCCGAUCAAUUUUCAGAUGCCAUCGACUACUUUCAAGCGGCUCUCGAUUCGAUGGAGGCUGCAUUAACUGAAUUGGACGAAGACGACCCAUCUCUCGUUAUUGUUAACGUACAAAUCUCCGCACUACGGAAGGACCUUGCGCGUACCAUUCUUCGGAAGCACUCAACAGAAAAUCUGCCUCUACAUCUAUCACUAGGACAGACUUCGUAUGAGGAUGGUUUGAAAUCGACUGCUGCUCCACCCAACGAUUCACCGAUCUCGAAUCAUUCAGUUUCCAAGUUAUCAAAGAAUGAUCAGCAGUCCAAGGAGGAAAUGCAAAUGUGCAUCCUAGAACUUCGUCGAUUGGUUGAUACGUUAGCAACAAAGUGCGAGGUCACUCGUUGCAAAUUGGCCGAAGAGCGCGCCAAACGCGUAGUCGCAGAGGCCGAACUCAUGGCUACUCGAUCCUACAAUUACUAUCUUCCUCAUUCGCCUGGACCCAAUGGUAUACGAGACUGGGACGCGGAACAAGCGUCUGGAGCUACAGACUGCCGCCUGUCCCCCUUCUGCUCUCCUGAGAGAUUUGUCGAGGAUCGGCCAUGUACACCUGUUGAAGUCGAUGGCAUCGAUUCACAAUCGGAUAUUUGGUUUGAUGCAAAUAACAGGUGACCGUACUUAACAUCUUGCGGACUCGCACUAUGCCACACAGGCGAUACCUGUGAUUGACUUCUAAAUUUCCCGGUGAAACUUCAAUGAGAUAUCCCGGGUUUUCAAGCGAAUACCUUUUCUCGCGUUAUUUUUGUGAAUUUCCAAAAUCCUCUCUCCAUAGCUGCCACAUAAACAAGCAUUGCAAACUGUACAGCUUCCAUAUUGUCACUCUUUUUCUCAGAAUCGGUGCAUUUCCUGUGAUUCUUGGUUACUUUUCUAACAUGUCUUGCUAAUUGUUUGCGCUUAGAAGAUUCACUGAUCAAUGCCAAGCAAUAAACUGUCUUUCAUACAUGCAUUAAAUGGUUAUUCUACUACAGAAUAGGGUUAGGUUCUUUUUCUGUGUAUGGUCCACUAGAGGAAGUUCCCAAACUGUUUCGUAGUGCUUUCUUUUGAGGAUAUCAAAGCAUUAUCCCCUCGUUCUUUCUGACCAAAAUGAC